AUGGGCAGGGUUUUGAAGCUUGACUCCAUUGAAAAUGGCAAGACAUGGAAAGGAUACGACAUGCUUAUCUUCAAUACUUGGCAUUGGUGGCUGCAUAAGGGAAGGCUACAAUCUUUAAGGUGGGACUACAUUGAAGCAGGAGGAAAGGUGCUCAAGGAUAUGGAUCGUUUGGAUGCUUGUAGGGAGGGAUUAACUACUUGGUCCAAGUGGGUGAACUCUAAUGUUCAUCCCAACAACACCAAAGUUUUCUUUCAAGGCAUUUCUCCAACCCACAACAAGUUGUAG